AUGCUCGAUCCCAUCGAACUCACUCUUUUUCCAUCCUGCUUUGACUGUGUUUCCUGGUCGCUGGAUGGCGACCUGGCUGUUGGGCUGGGAGAAUAUGUCCAAGUAUUGCUUCCGCAAGUCAAGUCACAGCCAUCGAAGGACGCGACAACAACCGGAGCACCUUCAAGAUCCCAGUGGACCGUGACCAAGUUCCGCGCCAAUAUUUUCGCUAACCAGGACUGGCCCAUGAUCUUUCCUCAGCCUGGGACAACUUUUUCCAUUGGAGAAGAGCAGUCUACUAGCCAUGUUGUCGGCUUGUCUUGGUCCCCACAGCGUUUGGCUAGGUAUAGCCGGCAUGCCCUCGCAGUGUUGACAAGCAACUUAGUGUUAUCUUUAUGGGAGCUGGUAGAUGGCCAGUCAAAGUGGAUUAGGAUUGCGAUCAUCAACACUGCACUCAGAAAGUUCUUUGCCCCGUUAGCGGAGGACGAGAGCCGAGUUUUACAGCGGAAACAACAUGUGAGGUCCUUUUGCUGGAGUCCUCCGUUUGAAAGUAAAAAUGUUCUAGGACAUGAGCAGCGCGCCCAACGCAACAUGGCCCUGCUGGGAGUUGCAAACGAUAUGAACGACAUAACUGUGAUCAGCGUCAGAAAUGAUCUCAGUGGAUCUGGCAUUCAGAGAACGUUGUCGGCAGAGGUUAUUUUCCAUUAUGAACUACCUGCACCGGCUGUGGUGUAUCCACAGGUGCUGUCUGAAUCUCUUCUGGGCCACGCCAUGGGAUCCAUGCAUAUGAUUUCCCAUAUUAAGUGGGGCCGCUGGCAUCCGAGUUUGGACGAGAAAGGGAAUCCUAGAAAACAUUCAUCUCUGCUGGCCAUUUUACAUGGUACUAAGGUCAAGGUUUUCAUGAUUAAUACACAACGCGGAGAAGUUACAGAAGAGAGUGAAGAUGGAAGUGCUGAUGGCAGGUUAUAUAUGCAAUUAAGCGACUUUAUACCAAUUUCGCAGGGUGAGCAGUUCCAGGAUAUGAACUUUCAAGGCCCGUUGAAUUGGAUUGACAUUGAGGGUACUGGAAAUGAAUCUCUGCCUUCUCUGGCCGUGGGAGCACUUGGGAAAUUCGCUGUCAUUACGUUCGAUGGCUUGUUCGCCCGCAACCCUGGAAGCCCUUCGCAACCCAGAUUGUCUAUAUCAGUCUACGACGCACUGAGACUAGAGGUAGGAGGAGUAGAAGGUAACACUCAAGAAUGGGAGCCAAUUACCGCAAUGACAUCCACUACAGACACGCAAUCUGUCAUUCCGACCUUGCAUGUAGCUCAAUUUACUUCCUCUCUCCGUUCCAUACAGUUCACAUUUGCAGAAACGCAACCAACUACUGUCACUGGUAAUUUGGACGUGGAAAACGCGCAAAGUGCAUAUCUCUCCAGCCAAAUAGGAGGAUUUUGCAGCCGCUUCGACCUCGACCACGACCUGGGAGGAAUGUCCACUGCGCGAACCUGGGGUCUUGCCAGCUAUCGAGGCUGGAUUGCAGCAUGCUUCACAGUCCACCCGAGCGAUAUGGUAGAAUAUACCACAACGGCCCGCGAGCUCUCAAGGAUCGUUUUCGCACCACCGCACCAGGAACAGACCCAGAACCAAGCCGAACUGGGCUCCGUUUUGCUGCCCUGGGCCAAUCCCCCGGACCUAACACCCGAUCGCAUGAGGGCUGCCCGUGCAAAUGUUCUCGCUUUCAUCCUCCAUGAGAGCCACAGGCAUCGAUUAACUGAUUCUUGGGCAAGAAAGCUCCAAUAUGCGGCUGUGUGCUGCGUGAUUACGGAUCAUGACCCUUCAGAUGAACCGCAUCUGCUACAAGCUGCGAAAUCGACGGCAGAGUGGCUGUCCGAAUCAUUCAACCUUUGUCUGUCCCUGGAGCUAAAAUGCAUAAAUAAGAUGCUCCAGUCGAAGUCUCCCCACUCCGGGGAACCUACAGCGGCUCCUGAAACUGACAAAGUGAUACCCGCUAAAAGCCACCAAGGGACAUCUUGGGCAGCCCAUGAUGUGUUUGAAUUCUGCGAUAUAUGUGGUAGCGGUAUUAACUGGUACUCACCAGAUGAGUCCCAAUGUACGGAGGGACAUGUGUUCACUCGAUGUGGUUUGACAUUCCUUUCCAUCCAAGAUCCGUCGAUCUCCAAACGCUGUUCGGGAUGUAGUGGUGAAGUUCUGGACGCCGAUCUCAUCGAAUGUCCUAGUUCAAUUGAACUGGAAGCGGAGACUGCAGGUGGUGGGGUUCAGUCUCAGCGUCGGAGUGAAAAGUUGCUUGACAUCCUCUGUGGCACGUUUGAUACGUGUAUAUAUUGUGGUGGAAAGUUUAUGCAGUAG